GAUCCCGAGAAUACGACCGCGGAGAUAGAAUUUGAGGUACGCGAACAUUUGAACUUCCGCGCCGAGACCUGCCAGGCCAACUCUGCGUUGCCAUAACGCCUGGAGCGCUACGCUCCCGUCGGUCGCCAUGCGCCAACCUGUCGCGUAGCAACAGUUGCUACGCAGACGUCGCCGGCAUCACCACGGGUGGUAUCAGCGUCACGCGAAUUAAUAGUGAAUUUAGUGCUAAUUAGUUAGUUAGUUGUGCUCGAACCAUCGCCAGGAGAACACCAAAUCAUCAGGACAACUAUUCGAGGACCAUUGAAGUCGAAUCGACCCGUUGUCCGAGAGAUAGCCGAUCAUUGUCUCCCAGCGCGUACACGUCGCAACCGUGAAAGGUGCCAGGAGGGAGUGGAUGAGGAUGUUCCGAAUGCAGCCCCGUGUAAACCUCUUUAGGCGCGAUCGCCUUCUCGGAGAUGUGGUAGUGCCUGUGGGGUUGGUAGAGUACGUGGGGAGAGUCCUGGGGGAUAAUCCCGACUACCGUGGGUUAAUGCAACUCCUGAAUGAGCGGUUCUUCGACGGGAAGCUCCGAGGAUACACUGUGUGGAGGACUAAGGCCUGCAAAGAUGCCUUUGGAUUCACCGAUUUUCUGCGGAAGAAAAUAAUGUUACAGGAGUGCCUCUUCUCCGCAGAACUCAGCCGGACUGUCCUGGUGAGGGUGUUAGUCCAUGGGAUGUGCCAUGCAUUCAUGGAUGUUUUAUUGGGGAAUCGUUGGGAGAAUCAAUGCCAUGGGGCUAACUGGAAAAAGGAGGUUCUCCGGUUGAAUACGGCGUUGGGCUGUGACAUCGAGGACGAUGGGGACAUCGACUGGGUGAAGUUACGGAAGAUGGGGCUACACAAGCUGUACAUCUGCGAUCGCUGUGGCAAGCAGUCCAUCCGAAUGAUUAAGCGUCCUCCUGAUGCUAAGUUUUUCUCUUGGGUCCCUCGGCAUGCGGAGCGAUGUGGGGGUAGUUUUGUCUUGGCGUGGUGGACGUGGUCGGAGGCCUGCAGAGAGGGCUCACGGCGGCCAUUUCAGCAAUGAUCGCGAACGUUGGGCUGCCCGUGGCAACGGACGCGGUCGCGAACAUUGGGCCGACCGUGGCAACGGACGCGGUCGUGGACGUUGGGUCGUCCACGACGACGGACGUCGUGACGGACGUGAUGUCCAACGAAGAGCGGAGCCAGGAGGACCCAAGGCGUCCCAUUCAAUUUUUUUUUAUUGAAUAGCAUUUAUUUAUUAAA